AUAAUCAUUCGCCAUCUUUCCACUGAUGCAGGCUUACCGCAGACUGCCAAGGCCAAAAUGACGACGUUUGCAGAUAAUUUUUGGGGGGAGAAAAACAAUGGGUUCUAUGUGCUGUAUACUAAUAUGAAACAUGGUCAAACGUCCAGCAAAGAGCUUGUGGACUUCCUCAGAGAAAGUUGUGCUGUAGAAGAAACUUACAGUAAACUUUUAAGUAAACUUGCAAAAAUUGCUAGCAACAGCUCACAAGUGGGUACAUUUUCACCAUUCUGGAGUUUACUAAAAAUGUUAACAGAGAAGUUAUCCAGUCUCCAUAUGCAACUCGUUCACACCUGGUCAGAUCUCAUUAAGGAUAUCAUCAGGUACCAUGAAGAACAGCACAAGAAGCACAAAAGUGUGAAGGAGAGUGAGGCUGGUACAAUAGAGGCUGUUCACUCCAUACAACAAACAACAGCAGCUCUACACAAAUCCAAGGAGAUCUACCACACACGAUGUCUGGAGCUGGAGAGGCUGAAGAGAGAAAAUGCUUCACAAAAAGAUCUCGAGAAGGCGGAAUCCAAAUAUAAAAAGGCUUCUGAUGAAUACAAGUCGUAUGUAGAAAAAUAUGCAAGUGUGAGGAAUGAGUUUGAGAGUAAAAUGAUUGAAUCGUGCAGGAAUUUUCAGGAGCUUGAAGAAACCCAUGUUUGCCAAAUGAAGGAUUUUAUAGAUACCUAUGCUAAGGCCUGGGAGAAUGAACAUGCAUUGCGGGGCCAGGUGCAACAAGAAUUUAAGUCAAAGUGUGAUACAGAUUUAUGUGUUCAGAAACUAUUGGAAACGUUUAUUAAAGCCAAAUCCACAGGUGUAGAAAAACCAGGUGCAGUGCAGUUUGAAGAACCGGAUUUAUCCAACUUACCUGUGACGCGUCCUUUGUCCCCGGAACCCAACGACAAACGAGACAGCUUUUCUGAGAAGAAAACCACAGACUCUAGUGGUACUCCUAGUCCAGUUCUGGCCGGCCAGCCUGGCCCUUUGAGUCGAAGUGUCAAGCUCAGGGUGUCUCGAACAUGGUUUUUAAAAGGCUCAAAAGCUAAGAAAAAGGAGAAGAAAAAAGAAAAGAAAAAGAAAGAUGAGAAAUCAGACGACAAGGACAAUGAGUCAAUGGAUGCAGCUUCCAGUCAGGAUGGACAUGAAGGGAAUUCCUAUGAGGUGGAUGACGAGGGUUACAGAAUACGACCUGACAAUCCUCUGGAAAGUAACACAGACAAUGGUGAUAAGAACAGUUGGUACUCCAGUUCAGAUAGCGAGUCAGUUGAUGGUGAAGGGAAGAAGAUCAAGGUAGAAAUCCGCCCCUUGAGCCCCAAUGGAGCCAUGCCCUCUGGAACGGUGGAGGAUAUACGAGCCUCUGUGGAGGCCUUGAGAUUAUCUCCCACAACAACGAAAAGAAGAAGUCAGACUCCUGUGGAUAAGAUGAAAAGAUCCCAAUCUGUCUCAGAUACUCUUGACUGUUCCAAACCCAGCCAGGACCUACUGAACUUGGACCUGUUCCCAGCAUCCAGCGCUUCCACGCCCACCGGGGGGAACUACACCCUGCCCUCCCCGCUCUCCCCCACGGUGGACACCAGUGCCACUAGUAGUGUGGCCAACACGCCUGCCCAUCCCACCAAUUUAGAGGAUUUAUUUAACCAUUCUGGCCCAACGUCUCCAAUCGGACCAAAGUUACCUCCCAUGAUAAACAGUCACUCUCCACUAACAGGGUUCCCCGCUCCUCCUUUAGCCAGGCCGUCCUCAAGGAAUAAGUCUGUCAUUUCCACACAGGCUACAGCACGGCCAGCUGGCAGGAUAAGCCCUGCCCCAUUAAUGAGCCGCUCUGACAGCAGUGGUAGUGUGACGUUCAACACGACCACAUCCUUGGGGUCAUCCCGAGGUCCCAGUCCUCUCACACUGGGCAUGGCAGACUCAAUCCCUCUGGCUGUGGCCUUCACAGAGACCGUCAACGCCUACUUCAAAGGAACUGAUGCCAAGAAAUGCAUGGUGAGGACAACAGGAGCUUUGAUGAUGUCUUUCCCUGCAGGGAUUGUCAAGGUGUUCACAGAAAACCCGAGCCCAGCUGCGCUCAGCUUCAGAGUUAAGAGCCAGGAACCGCUGGAGCAGGUGCUAGUCAACAAGGAGCUGGUGACAGAGGACACAGUGCAGAGCUCCUCAGAAGGCCGAAUCUACUCGUUUGAGAUGUCUUCACUAACAGAACACCUCAAACAUCAGGGUGAACAGAAUAAAACUGCCUCUUACUUCAACAUAGAUAUACUCAAAUAUCAGGUGAAGACAAAGCCUGGGGUGGAGAGUACGCCGUUACCGCUGAUCUCUUACUGGAAAUGUGAACCCACUCACACAGAGUACCGCCUGGACUACCGCUUUAACAGUAGCUGUGUGUCUGGGCCCUGCACCCUGAAGAAUAUCACUGUGGCUGUGACAGUGGACGGUGGGGUGACGAGUGUUCAGAGUAUACCCCCCAGUGACUGGAAUCCAGAGACAAAGCGAGCGAGAUGGAAGCUGAAUGACAUAUCUGACGUGAGUGAAGAGGGCAGUCAGGGUUGUCUACGUGCCAAGUUCAGUCUUACGGAGGGCCCCAGCACCCCGUCCACAACGGCUCUCCAGUUCACCUGUGAGGGGGCCACACUGUCAGGGGUGGACUUUGAACUGCUAGGCCCCGGCUACAGGUUAUCCUUGUCCAAAAAGAGGUUUGCUUCAGGUAAAUACCUGGUGGAUCCAGAGCCUGGAGUGAAGUAUGUAUGACAAUUACAGAAGUGUAGGGAGACAGUGAUCAAUUAGUGUGUGCUGUGGGUCGUGUACAGUGUGACAGUUCCUUGAAGUAUGUAUGACAAUUAAAGAAGUUUUGGGGGACAGUGAUCAAUUAGUGUGCUGUGGGUUGUGUACAGUGUGAUUGUCCCAGGAAAUAUGUAUGACAAUUACAGAAGUGUAGGGAGACAGUGAUCAAUUAGUGUGGGUCGUGUAGAGUGUUACAGGUCCUGGAAGUAUGUAUGACAAUUACAGAAGUGUAGGGAGACAAUGAUCAGUUAGUGUGCGCUGUGGGUUGGCUAGAGUGUAACAGUCCCGGGAAGUAUGUAUGACAAUUACAGAAGUGUAGGGAGACAAUGAUCAGUUAGUGUGCUGUGGGUUGGCUACAGUGUAACAGUCCCGGGAAGUAUGUAUGACAGUUACAGAAGUGUCGGGAAACAAUGAUCAGUUAGUGUGCGCUGUGGGUCGGCUACAGUGUAACAGUCCCGGGAAGUAUGUAUGACAGUUACAGAAGUGUAGGGAGACAGUGAUCAGUUAGUGUGUGCUGUGGGUCGGCUACAGUGUAACAGUCCCGGGAAGUAUGUAUGACAAUUACAGAAGUGAAGGGAGACAGUGAUCAUUUAGUGUGCGCUGUGGGUCGACUACAGUGUAACAGUCCCGGGAAGUAUGUAUGACAAUUACAGAAGUGUAGGGAGACUGUGAUCAUUGAGUGUGUGCUGUGGGUCGACUACAGUGUAACUGUCCCGGGAAGUAUGUAUGACAAUUACAGAAGUGUAGGGAGACAGUGAUCAGUUAGUGGGCGCUGUGGGUCGUCUACAUUGUGACAGUCCCGGGAAGUAUGUAUGACAAUUACAGAAGUGAAGGGAGACAGUGAUCAGUUAGUGUGCGCUGUGGGUCGUCUACAUUGUGACAGUCCCGGGAAGUAUGUAUGACAAUUACAGAAGUGAAGGGAGACAGUGAUCAGUUAGUGUGUGCUGUGGGUUGUCUACAUUGUGACAGUCCCGGGAAGUAUGUAUGACAGUUACAGAAGUGUAGGGAGACAGUGAUCAGUUAGUGUGUGCUGUGGGUUGACUACAGUGUAACAGUCCCGGGAAGUAUGUAUGACAAUGACAAAAGUGUAGGGAGACAGUGAUCAGUUAGUGUGUGCUGUGGGUUGUCUACAUUGUGACAGUCCCGGGAAGUAUGUAUGACAGUUACAGAAGUGUAGGGAGACAGUGAUCAGUUAGUGUGUGCUGUGGGUUGACUACAGUGUAACAGUCCCAGGAAGUAUUUAUGACAAUGACAAAAGUGUAGGGAGACAGUGAUCAGUUAGUGUGUGCUGUGGGUCGUCUACAUUGUGACAGUCCCGGGAAGUAUGUAUGACAAUUACAGAAGUGAAGGGAGACAGUGAUCAGUUAGUGUGUGCUGUGGGUUGACUACAAUGUAACAGUGCCGGGAAGUAUGUAUGACAAUUACAGAAGUGAAGGGGGACAGUGAUCAGUUAGUGUGCGCUGUGGGUCGACUACAGUCUGGCCGUCAUAGUAGGAGGAUGGAAUUAUACCCACGCAGUCUUCAGCUACCCAUAAAUUGUGAAUAAUAGUAAUAUAUAUGUAUAAAUAAAUGUUUAUAUACAUAUAGAUAUGUACAUAGCAGAACAUAUAGAUGCAAUGAAUUUUAAUACUGUGACAAAGGUCAGACAAAGUGUACUGUAAGCUGAGUGGUGUUCAUGUCUGCGAUGAUUGGGAUGAUGAAGGAUAACCUGCAAUCUUAGUGGUCAUGGCCCUGCUGACAUGUUCUCAUGAGCUGUGACGGAGGUAGCUGUUCCUUGUUCUGGCUGUGACUGCUGUGACAACUUCCUUACUGACCCAGUGCUAGCAAUGGUCAGUUGCUGACCCAGUGCUAGCAGACGGUCAGUUGCUGACCCAGUGCUAGCAGACGGUCAGUUGCUGACCCAGUGCUAGCAGACGGUCAGUUGCUGACCCAGUGCUAGCAGAUGGUCAGUUGCUGACUGCAUAUGUUGAUUCAGUUUGUGUCCUGCCAAAACAGCUGAUCACGUGACAGCAGUGGAACUGUUGUUGACCAUUUUGACUAGGUCUAUCAAGGCUGCUAUAGACUAUCAAUCAGAAUGUAGUUUUAAAUUAUUUAAUUUUAACCAAAAUAGUAACUCAUUUGCUGUAAUGUGACAAAGAUAGUUUAUUUCCGUCUCAGGAAGCAGUAUCCAGGAGUUGCUAGUAUUUGGGAUAUUUCAAGAAUAACAACUAAAUGUCCUUGUGCAUCAGAAAAGUUCCGCAAUAUUUGUAUGAUACUAAUUUUUACAUGUAAAAAUAUAUCUGCGUCGUUCUAAAUGCAAUCCCUUUAAAAUAUACUUAUUUUGUUAUAUUAUAUGUCAAUGGAUGUACCUAUAUUCAGUCAUGUUAGUUGUAAUAGCCAUCAGUAGCAACCUUCUUAAGACAUUACAUGUUCAAAUCGUAUGAAAAUAACACAUACUGUCAGUGAAUGCUUUUGAACUUUUGAAUAAUUUCCAGAAAUGUCGAUGUGGAAUUAUCUUUACUAUUGAUAUUAGAUACUGAGACCGGUAAACCCAGUGUAAACAUCUAACUGGUAGCUUUCAGAACAGCAGCGAUAACGACUGUAAACACUUGACAAAUUCAUCGUCUUCAAUGUCACAGUAAUUAGGUUAUCAGUGUAACAGAACAGAUGCUGUGUAGUUAAUAAGUCACAAAAUUUGUAUAUACUCAAGACCAUAUAUAUUAAGCAGAAUCUGUGUUCUACAGGUGUCUGGGCAUACAGGUUUGAGAACACACAGGUGUCAGAACAUACAGGUGAAGUGUUCAGGACAUAUUGCUAUGUCAUUAGCACACAGGAUCAUCCACCUUAUUUCUAUUCUUAUUUGCAUUAAAAAAGCCAAGUGAUUCCCAUCUUAUGCUAUUAGAUUGAAGGCAAUACUCCACCACCAUUCGUUAAGAAAUGUGUACAUAUAUAUGAAAAUUAUGUAUAAACUCCAAAAUUGUAUAUGAAAAGGUUUUGUAUAUUGAAUAAUAUAAUGACUUGAUUAUAAGGAAAAUACCAGUGGUGAGGUGUAUUUACCUGCUGUAAUUUUCUUUUGGGCUGUGCAUAUCUUGUUAACCUUUACACUCUAUAUAUAUGUUAUAUGUAUAUAUCUAUAUAUAUAUACAUACAGGUAUAUCUCUCUCUCCGUGAGAACUGUUUAGCCUGGGUGUUGACCUACAUGUAUUUACCACUCAGAUGCACUCUACACUGUAUCCAUUCAUUUUUUUUUCUCCUUUUUUGUUUUUGUUGUAAUCAUACAAUAUUAUUUUCAUGCAUCCCAGAUGUUAUUGACAUCAGAAUUUGAAUGCUCCUGAUGUGUUUGAUGUUGCUUCAUAUUGACGGGAUAUAGAAGUGAAAUAGAUCCUGGUGCGGGUUUGUGGUGUGUUAACUGUGAGGCUGUAUAGUCACCCCUGGAGUAAAGGUUAAGAAGGUGUAAGUAUAUGUACAUCAAUAUAUAUAUAUAUAUAUAUAUACAAGAAUGUAGUUAAAUAUACAGUUAUGUGCUCGUUAGUUUAGCAAGAACCUGUUACUAAUGAAUGAACAAAUUUUCCUCUCAAAACACGGUUUACAAUGAUACAGUGCCAGGACUAUUUGGAACUGAAAUGACAUGGGUUAUUCUGGCUUGAUCUAUAGAGAUACAUGUUGAUAGGUUAUACUUGCCUCAUAUCAUCAUCAGCGGAUAGGAAGUGGUCCCUGAAAGCUUGAGGUGGGAAGCGAUCCUUGAAGACUAAUCCUCACCUAGCCUAAAUCCUGGACAAAUUCUACUACAUAGUGCAGGGUUUGACACAUAGAGCACUAGUCUCUUAUUUGGGCAUGUUAUGUAAUUAUUUCUGUGAUGUGCCCAAACUUGAACACUGAAUUUUCGUGUUCAAAAUGUUAUCAAGUAUAUCUUCAAUAUUCAUCUUAAUUCAUACUUUACUGGUCAGAUUUGUUGGGGAUUUUGUGCUACAUUGUAAAUGUGCUACAUUGUAACUGUGCUGCAGGACUUGCUGAGAAAAUGAGGCCAGGCUUGAAGCAUCAUGCGGUCGGCCAAGUAGGUUACUAGUAACCAAGGGCUAGAAGCAUCAUGCGGUUGGCCAAGUAGGUUUCUAGUAACCAAGGGCUAGAAGCAUCAUGCAGUCGGCCAAGUAGGUUACUAGUAACCAAGGGCUAGAAGCAUCAUGCAGUCGGCCAAGUAGGUUACUAGUAAUCAAGGGCUAGAAGCAUCAUGCAGUCAGCCAAGUAGGUUACUAGUAAUCAAGGGCUAGAAGCAUCAUGCAGUCGGCCAAGUAGGUUACUAGUAACAAUCAUGCUCAAACAUUGCAAUAUCAAUGGGAACCGUCUCCAUUGUAACACUGAAGGAAGGGUAUUGUGACCUGGGUGUAAUUCUGUAUUGGUUUGGUUGCCUCUCUGGCUUCAGGAUGCCUUUGAACACAAAUUAGGUCAUCAUUGAUACCAUAAAACAUGGUAGAUAAAUGGUGAAACUUUUGUCCUGUGUACAUGAACUUCUGUACAAAGCUGUGCACUUCCCCCCUAAAGGUACUGGUUAUGUCCGUUCCAUACCUCAGGCUGUAACCUUUGUAGUGUCCAGUCUUCAGGCAGCAAUAUUAGAGAUUUAUUAUUAGUAUGUAAAUUAUGUUUGUGGUUGAAGGUAGUGGAUAACAACAGUAGUUGAACCUUUGUCUUGUAUAGUUUUUGCUCCUCGCUAUCAGUGAGAACAUCUGUCAGUUUGUCACUCAUUACUGUUUCAUACCAGUGCAUUUAAUAAUCAGGUAUACAAAGAGGAAUGUGUUCAUGUAUAUGGACAAUGUCUGUUUUCUGCCGCCUGCUCUCUGCUAAACCCAUGUAACAACUCUGUUGUGGCAUAUUUCAAAUAGGUCACAGCUUUUAUUUUAGUCAUCAAGUUGUGGACCAGUUAAUAUCAUCAACUCUGAUGACCCAUGUUGAUCACCCAGAUGAAAUAUAUAGACACCGCAAUUCUUUAAGCUAUUUCCCCAGAAAGGCCUGUUUGAAUACAGUUGUCAUUUAUUUUGCAACUCUUUUCCCAUGUUCCAACUCUUUUCCCAUGUUCCAACUCUUCUCCCAUGUUCCAGCUCUUCUCCCGUGUUCCAAUUCCUUUAGGGCUGGCUGCACUGCUAUAGUGUAUGUGGCAUUAUCGUGAAUUAAGGCCACAUCUUCUGCUCUCAUCACACAACCUCCAUUCUGAAGGGUACAUGUUUGUCGUCCAUGCUGUUUAUCAUGUUCAUCUACUGCCACAUUGUCCUCAUCUUCCUCAUGUCCGUGUCAGCCACAUGGUGGUUAAGGCCGUGAAAUCCAUGCCCAAGGUACCCUGGUCUACCAGGGCCAUGUGAUGUCUCUGUGAAUACUUAAUCUUGACGGUGCUUCUGCUACUCCAGUUAUCCCCCUUUGUAAUGUAUCUUGAUGAGGUGUGCACUAAGUGGGAAGAUGAACCCCUGGAUAUGAAAUAUCAUCAAUGUCUGUACAAUUGUGAGAAAUACAAAGCAAUUUUAUCAAGAA